UAAAGUCCAGUCCAGUCGUCAGUAUCAAAAGAGAAAAUUUUAAAUCUAGAAAGUCGUCAAUAAAAAAAUCUACUUACAAAUUCAUCAGGAGACAAGUCUAUGGAUUUUUUUUGGAAAUCAUAGCUCCUCAAUAACAAUAACACAAAAAACAAUACACACAUGUUAUGUUUGAAGUACAUUAUACUAAACUGUACUGUUUACGACGAAACUGAACAUUACCAUCGAUUGAUGGAUAUAUAAUUGGGCUUGAUUUCCACAAAUGUAGUAGGUACCUAUCUCACUAAUCAUGUAUUUCUCCCGUAACGAGACUACACAAAACCAAAAACAUGUUUUUAGAUGUUUUCCAUAGUAAAAGCUUACAACCUAUUUUGCAAAGCCUUUGUCUCCAUUUAAUUUGAAUUACAGCUGUCAAUUUGCUGAUUCGUAAACAAAUUGUGAUAAUUUUACGUAGGAAACCUUGUGCGACCUUACUUAUAAAACGAUAUUUAUUUAACUUAUCCAGCGGCUUUCUAUCUUGGUAAAGAGACACGAAAAAGACAGCCAAAAUGAAUGCGGUCAGCAAAAAUAGAUUGCCAAAGAAAAAGAUGACACGUUCGGAGUCUACAGUAGCAAGCCAAAAGUCAGAAAGCCAUGUAGCUGGGCGUCAUGCAAGUAUCCCCCCUUGCGACGUAUUGACUGUUAAAGUACUAAGCCUUAGAACGCCUGAUGAAGAUCCAAAACAUUUUGCUAUAAAAGUCACGUAUUUUGACCAACUUAUACUGCACGCUAUCAUCAAGUCCAUCGGUUGUAAGGACGAGGAGCAUACACAGGCAAUAGCUACGGGAACCUUGGAUUAUGAUCCAUCUGAUCAUGAGAAAAUGAGUUUGUUUGCUGAUAGUCCUUUGGCUGUAAGCAUUCAACCCCUCAGAAAUAUCGAGGAGCAAAUAGACAAGUCGCAACAAAGCUUCAGCAGUGCACAAAAACAGCACGCUUUUACUCGACACCUGGAGGACAUCAGUUGCUGCAACGUUGAUAUCUUAUCCAUCUUCCUAAGUGACGAAGCAUCACAGAAAAUGUGCGUAAAAAAACGAAUGGAGCCGUUGAUCACUCCCAGAAUGUCUUGUCGCAAGAGCUGGGACAACCUACCAUUGCUGACCAUGGAACUGCUAGUGGACCGUAACCCAGUGAACGCAGCCCAUCACAAAUUAUUAAAAGAAGCCAAUUGGAUGAAAGUAACAGUUGUCGCAGCCUACAAUAUGUAUAUACCAUUUGAGGAUGGCUACGACUACACUAUUGCUUCUAAAACGCCGCUAACAGAGACCAAUAUAGCCGGGGUGGUUAAAUACGGUCACGGUAGGAGAGAACCAAAGCGUUUCAAUGGCACCAACUUCUAUCCAAAAUGGGAGACACUGAGAGUCGACCAGGAUGCUUUCACAAAAGGGGAUCAAAAGCUACAAUGCCGAAUGGAGGACAUUCAAAAUGAAGACGAUAUUGAUCUGCCGUAUUAUAUGAAUCGCAUACUUCCGUAUCAUACAGCAGUUUGGGGCUCAUUCCAUCGAACAUUAAUGUACAAAAGUAAUGAGGAAUGGUUUUACAGAAGAUUCAAAAAUUACAAAUGGCCAAUCGAACUCCACAUUCACGGAGAAGACGGCGGCUUCAGUUUUAUGGGUUUUAUGAAUUUGUUCCGACUGCUUUAUCCGGGAGAAAAGCAGUUGAACAUCGCUGUUCCUCUACACUGGAUAAGCAGAGACACGAUGCAGCAGGAAUGUGGCUGCGACUUGUUGCUAAAUCCGAUUGAUAAGGCGCCGUCCGCAUACUACGAGAGAACGCUCUCCCCAGCUACAGUCGCAACGUAUAAACCUAGCAAGCUAACAACAGAAUCAAUACCGACGUCUGUAAGUACGUUGACUGCGAGUCAGAUUAGAGCCACAGGCGCUGACGACAACUGUUCUUUUGUUGUUGUCGAAGUCAGACUGGCACGGGCGCUGAAGGAAACUGUGACACCACCGAUUAUACCAAAACAUGAAAUAAGUGAUAUGCUCAACGAAUUAGAAGCACGACUUCCACAAAAACGUGAAUGUGUCGGCCGAGGUCAACUGGAGAAGACUUGGCAGAACACCAUCAGAGCUGCCGCCGGCUCGCUGCGAAAAGUGGCUUAUUACGGAAAUACUGAAUUCUGCUCGUUUAAUCGUCAACUAAGUGAGACGAGAACGCGCGUGGAGCUCACGACCUCUUGCUGGCAAGAUGCUGCGAUCUUCAUCAACAACAGCUUUGUUGUGCAGGACUAUCUGCAUUCUGAAGAACUGUUUGAGGAGCUGGUGAUGAUGGCUCACGCCUGCCUCAUGAGAUCUGCAUACAAUACCCUGACUGACACUGAAGAGUUUCCCGAGAUGGAGCCAGAACUCCGCUCAGCAAGGCAUGCACGACAGAUGCAAGACACGUACCAUGCAAUGGAGCAGUAUAUGCAGUUGCUUAUAAAUCAUCCGCGUGAGGCGAACUAUUGGCGAGAGCUGUCGACGUGUCUAAAGGAUCUCGACCGAGAAUGGGCUAUUGCCUGUCUGAACAAGUCUUUGGUUCUGGACCCUCGACACCCACUGACUCUCGUGUCUAAAGGUGCAAUGUUGUACGAAGAAGAUCCUUCAGCGGCCGACCCCUUCUUCUUGGCACUCCUCGCUUUCCACCCGACAUGGACUGCCUUGUGGGUGAUUGCCGGCGCAUACUUUUACAAUAGGGAGCUAUUCUUACUGGCAGACAUGAUCAUGGAUAUGGCAAAGACAAAAGUGGAUGUGUACUACGUAGCAACUGGAACGCUGCACACGAAGGAUUGGGAGCAGGAGCUUGGCGACUGGUGGGACUUCACGCCGCUGCUGCAAGGCAUGAGCCUCUUCUACGAUGCGGCUGACUUACUUUUGAGACUGAGAGCUAUACCUUUAGCAGAAGUUUGCGUGGCUCAUGGUUUGACAGAGUCUGGAGAAUGUUCCACUUACUACCACAUGGUGGCGCUGUGCUGUCGCUUGCGAGGAGACUAUAAGGAGGCUUUAUGUCAUCUGAGCACCGGGCUCGAGAAGUUUGGCGAGGUGAGUUAUUUGAGGAGCCUUGAAGCUGAGUGUCUGCACAGAAUGGGUAAAAUAUCGGAAUCUAUGGCAUCAUACGUCAAGGCGGGCAGUUGUAUUUCACCAUUCAGUAUACUGAUGUCGCUGGCGUGUCGAGAUGAGCACCACAAGCGAGGUAUAUUAGUAGACCUUGUGCGUCGACAACCCAGCGCCUACGCAUGGACGGUGCUUGCUUAUGAUUUUCUAAAGUCAGUAAACAUGGUAGACCACUCAUCAUUAUUCUCUGAGGGUCAAGCAGCGUCCACCUCAUGCGCUAGAUCAUGCGCGAUACAAGCGAUUAAAUUGGAUCGGCGGGCGGGAAGAGCAUGGCUGGUGUUAGCCAAGUUGGUGAAGCCCAGUGUCAGACGCAUCCACUGUCUCAAUAUGGCCAAUAUGUGUGGAUUCAAAAUAACCGCUGAAGACUUAGAGCAUGCUGCAAUGCCUUCAAAACAUUCGACGUGUCACUUUAUUGGCAAAGCGCUACAAGAAUGCCGCUGUGAAUUCUGCGAAAAAAUGCAAAUGUGAAGUUCUAUGGAACGGGGGAACUAAUAACCAAAGUCCGACAGACCUUGACGGGGCAAUGCAAUCAUGGCAGGCAAUUGAAUAUUUUAUCAUAUAAGACACGACUUGUUUUAAAUUCAGGUUUCAGACAUUUAAAAAGAACAAAGUCUAUAUCCCAGAUUACACUACUUUAGUUGUUAAUGUUGUUAUUUAGUUUAAUUAUAUUUAAACGAAUAAUAUAACGUGUU